UAUUAAGAAUAGGUUUUAAAGUGUAAAAUAGGAAUUAUGAGUCCUCAUACGUGGCAUGAUCUGAGCGAGCUGAUUCAUUGGCAUGAGGAGGAAAAUCUCGCAAUCUUAUCUUGUGCAGUUUGAAACUGCCACAACUUCUUCCCUUCUUUGCCACCAAAAUACAAACAGAUAAAAAUGGCUACAUUUUUGCUCUCCAAUGCAAAACUGUUUCUCCCCCUUCCAUCCACUUGUUCACCUUCUACAUCUCAUACGCAGAUUGUAUGCAGAUCUGCUUCUAUCGACCCCUCCUCCAUUGUUACAACCAGGAGAAGCAUCGCCCUGUCUCUCGCCGGCGCCGCCACUUUCCUCUCUGCCAAUGCCGGCGCCGCUAUCUUGGAGGCCGAUGAAGACGACGAGCUGAUGGAGAAGGUGAAGAAAGAUAGGAAGAAGAGAAUUGAGAAGCAAGGCGUUAUCAGCUCAUCAACUCAAGAGAAAGCAUACCUGCAAGAUGUUGUAUACAAACUGAGCAAAAUAGGGCAGGCCAUAGAGAAGAAGGAUCUUGCAGAAGCAAAUUCUGUGAUUGGAUCCACCAAGGAUACUCAAUGGCUCCAGAAAGUUAACUCUGCCCUCAACAAGUUGAGUUCUAGUGAAGAAGAGAAGACAGCGGUUGAUCUCUUCAAUUUAUCAAUGGCCACCUUAAUCUCAUCAAUUUCAGAGAAUGAUGAAGAAGCGUCUAAGAUAGCUUUUGUGGCUUCUGCAACCGCCUUUGAGAAGUGGACUUCGCUUUCAGGAUUGGCCGGACAACUCAAGGGCCUUUGAAAACACACACAUUCUCCUUCACUUUUCAAUUUCUUCACUCUCCUGCGGCGCAACUUCUCUUCAAAAUCAAUUGCUCUAUAAUAGAGUCAGCAUCAUUUUUGCAUAAUUGUGCAAUAUCUCCUGUUGUAUUUAGAAAUGAUUGCAUCUCUUUAACAAAACAGAGGCAUAAGUUUGUAAGAGUGUCUUACUUUGUAGGUUCAAGUUUUGUAAUUGAAAUAAAAUAUUAGUAUCAGUUUGUCGUUUCAAAA